UUUCUUAAAACUGCAAACAGUUUGGCGGCUCUGACUUUGCUUUGGUCACUGCUAGCCUUUCUCGCGCUGCUCUCACCGCGGCACGGCUUCUGGCUUCUCUCCUAUACCUACCGGACCUUGGACGGCCCCACGCGGGGACAAAGCGGCUCCCAAGCCCGGCAUGUCGUGGAACUUGACCGCGGAGCAGCUCUCGGCGCUGCUCCGGCUACACAACCUGACGCGCGCGCAAUUCAUCGCGCGCUAUGGGCUGCGGCCACUGGUGCUCACCCCGCAGCUGCCCGCUCCUGCCAGGCUAGCCCUCCUGCUCACCGGCCUGCUCAUCUUCGCCUUGGCGCUUUUCGGCAACGCCCUGGUAGUCUAUGUGGUGACCCGCAGCAAGGCCAUGCGCACUGUCACCAACAUCUUCAUCUGCUCCCUGGCACUCAGCGACCUGCUCAUCGUCUUCUUCUGCAUCCCGGUCACAAUGCUCCAGAACGUCUCAGACACCUGGCUAGGGGGUGCCUUCAUUUGCAAAAUGGUGCCAUUUGUCCAGUGCACUGCCAUUGUGACAGAAAUCCUUACUAUGACCUGCAUUGCCGUGGAAAGGCACCAAGGGUUGGUCCAUCCUUUUAAAAUGAAACGGCAGUACACCAAUCAAAGGGCUUUCACAAUGCUAGGUGUGGUGUGGCUGGUGGCCGUCAUCAUAGGAUCUCCCAUGUGGCAUGUGCAGCGACUUGAGAUUAAGUAUGACUUCCUAUACGAAAAAGAACACAUCUGCUGCUUGGAAGAGUGGAGCAGCCCUGUGCACCAGAAAAUCUACACCACCUUCAUCCUCGUCACCCUCUUCCUGCUGCCUCUGUUGCUGCUGUCUGUCCUCUAUGGGAAAAUUGGUUAUGAGCUUUGGAUCAAGAAAAGAGUUGGGGAUGGCUCGGUGCUACGAACUAUCCAUGGAAAAGAAAUGUUCAAAAUAGCCAGGAAGAAGAAACGAGCUGUGAUCAUGAUGGUGACAGUGGUGGUUCUCUUUGCUGUGUGUUGGGCACCUUUCCACAUCGUUCACAUGAUGAUUGAAUAUAGUAAUUUUGAAAAGGAAUAUGAUGAAGUCACAAUCAAGAUGAUUUUUGCUAUAGUGCAAAUAAUUGGAUUUUUCAACUCCAUCUGUAAUCCCAUUGUUUAUGCACUUAUGAAUGAAAACUUCAAAAAAAACUUUGUGUCUGCUGUUUGUUAUUGCAUAGUAAAAGAAACCCCUUCUCCAGCAUGGAGGCGUGGAAGUUCAGGAGCUAUGGUGUUGCACAGGAGAUCAAAGUUAGCUGCGGGAGAGAAUCCUGUAGAAAUCAAAGGAGAAGCAUUUGGGGGCAGCAACAUCGAUAUCAAGUGGUGUGAACUGCCAGAAAAGCGGAAGAAGAAAUCUCAAGUGGCAUCUUGUCCUCUUUAGUCCUGAAUUCCUGAGAACUCUGCUGUAGACAUGAACAUUGAUUGUUACAGUGUCUUCAGAAUGAGUACAUGUCGUACUAUAAUCUAAAGAAAACCAUUUUGAGAAAAAGUCAGAGAGCUUUCAUAUUGAAAUGUUGACAAGGACUUGGAAGGUAGGGGUGGGGGCUUCAAGAGUUUUAAGUUAUCCUCUGCUACAUGAUAAGUUUGAGGACAACCUGGGCUACAAGAGACCGUGUCUCAAGCAGCCGUAUUAAUUAAAACAACCAUACUUACUAAUGAUAAUGACAAAGUAUUUUUCCAUUGAAAAUACAUACUUGCAGCAAUUUUGAAAAAUUAUUAGACAACCAUUGUGAUUGAUAGGUAGAGUUUUUUUAAAAAAUUUAAAUGUGUUUUUAUUGUAUGUAUAUGGGUGGUUUUCCUGUGUAUAUGUCUGUGUACCACAUACAUGCCUGGUUUCCCACAAAGGCAAGAAGAAAUUUCCUAGUCCCUUGCAACUAGAGUCAUAGAUGGUUGUGAGCUGCUGCCUGGAUCCUGGGAAUUGAACACAGGUCAUCUUUAAGAGCAGCCAUCUCUCACGCCCUUUCCUGAGUUUUCAGUAUCUUGUAUAAAACUCAGUAAUUUGUAAAAAGCUAGUAAUUUUUUCUGGGUGGUCAGUGUGAUAAGAUUUUCUACAUAUUGCUAAGUUGAAUGAAAACAUUAACAAUUCAUUUUCUUCCUAGAAUAUUAAUUUAGUAGUUGAGAGUCACACAUGACUGCUGAAGUUAUGCCUCACACUUUUGCAAAGAAAGCAUGCACCAAAGUCAGUAAGUCCAAGAUAAUGGAGAAGCAGCUAAGCAGGAGUGCAGCUCCGCAAUCCAUUGGCUGGAGCUUCUUACAGCCCAAAGGACCGUUUCUAUGGUGACUGGCCCACCUCUUACCUCUUUUUUAAAAAUCUCUGGUUUUGUGAAAACUGACAUUGAUACCUGCUCUUCUUCAUGAAGUCACCAUAAGACUAAAUGAGACAGACACACAUAGAAAAGCAUUCUGCAGUCUAGAGCAAUUUUGCAUUCUGAAGCAUUGCCCUGCUCACAUCUCCAGCCUUCCCUCUCCCUGCUCUGAGUUUAUUCUUGACCCUGUCCAACCUUUCCCUCAUACACAUAUCUGGUUUCUCUACUAAAAAGAAUAGUUUGAAGUACCUCAUGUAUCGACAGGGUAUAUGUAUAUGAUGUAUAUAUGGUUAAAAUAUAAAUAUUUGAGAUAAACUCUAGUGGUAUGAAAGCUCUUUCCUUAUAGAAGUGUAAUGUGUUGAUGAGGGUAUUACUGAACUCUACUUGUGAGAUUUGGAUGUCCCAUGGCUGACCCAAGAGAUAAGUGAGGAUACUCAAUAAAUUUAUAUACCCAAUUUUUUCCCCUGAAACUACUUUGAUCUUUUAAUUCCUACAUUUCCCAGGCCUAGAGGUCACCAUCAGAACACGUAGCCCGUUCCCCUCCAGCAUCUAAUACUUUCAAAACCUAGUCACAGCCUUGUAGCCUAAAUGUUUCUUUUGCCUCCAGUUUCUAGCCUUGAUUCUUCUCAGCUGAUAACAUAAAUGUCAAGAACACUCAGGCUUCUUUGUGGCUUAAGCUUUAAGACCUGGGAACCAAACAUUUCAGGCUACUAGCUCCUCCGUACACACUCAAUAGGUGUGUCAGUGAAGCAUUCAUGGAAAAGAUGAAAUAAUGUAUGGUAUUAGGGGAGGGGAAAUGCUAAUAUGACAGAAAAAUUAACAAAUCAAAGAGAAGGAGGCUGGUUUAUGUGUUUGGGAAUGGGUUGUUUAGGUCAUAUUGUGAACUGUGUGCCUGUUGUGCCUAGCUAUCCUGUUGCAAAGCAGUUUGUUAAACACCACCAGACAUUAAAAUAAAUCCAAAUCACUGACUCUGGUUAUUUUC